AUGUCUGCUUUAGUAGGCAGAUCUUGCGAGUCCCCUCCUGUUUCCACACUUGUCUCCCUCGAGACCAAUACAGCUGGGUCUAAUUCACAUGGCAUUCCAGCUGAACCUUGUGUCGGCGAGCUUGAGUGUGAAGGCAGCAUAUCUGAAGUAUCCAGCCGCUGGAACCUUUCAUCUAGAUUCUGUUUAGGCCAGUCCCUGCGCCUGCCUAAACUCACGGAAUCUCAGCUUGCUUGGGUCAAUGCUCCAUUCACCCCAACCGAACUAGCGAAUACUAUUAAAACCAUGCCAAAGGCGUUCGACACUGCUGCUGCCUCCGGGUCUUUUCCUCCAGAAAUGUUGAAAGCCCUCAUUGUAACUAUACCUAAACCAGCCUUUAGUCGUGCUCCAAUCCCUAUGGCAGUUGUUAGGAGGGAACUGUCAUGUGAGAGCUAUCCAAUAGAACUUCGGUGUCCAGGAACUGAUGUUAUCAUGAUUGAAAGUGCCAAUUAUGGGAGAACAGAUGACAAAAUUUGUGACUCAGACCCUGCUCAGAUGGAGAAUAUUCGCUGUUACCUUCCAGAUGCCUAUAAGAUUAUGUCCCAGAGAUGCAAUAAUCGGACGCAGUGUGCAGUUGUAGCUGGACCAGAUGUGUUUCCUGACCCAUGCCCGGGGACUUACAAAUAUCUAGAAGUCCAAUAUGAAUGUGUUCCUUACAAAGUGGAACAAAGAGUGUUUCUAUGUCCGGGCUUGCUUAAGGGAGUUUACCAGAGUGAACAUUUAUUUGAAUCAGAUCACCAGUCGGGUGCAUGGUGCAAGGACCCUUUACAGGCAUCUGAUAAAAUAUACUAUAUGCCUUGGACUCCAUAUAGAACGGAUACCUUAACUGAGUAUUCUUCCAAAGAUGACUUCAUUGCUGGACGUCCAACGACGACAUAUAAACUUCCUCAUAGGGUGGAUGGCACAGGCUUUGUUGUAUAUGAUGGGGCAUUAUUUUUCAAUAAAGAGCGUACUAGGAAUAUUGUCAAGUUUGAUCUUAGAACAAGAAUUAAAAGUGGAGAGGCCAUUAUUGCAAGUGCCAAUUAUCAUGACACCUCUCCAUAUAGGUGGGGUGGCAAAUCAGAUAUUGAUCUUGCAGUGGAUGAAAAUGGACUGUGGGUGAUCUAUGCAACAGAACAAAAUAAUGGGAAAAUAGUCAUUAGCCAACUGAAUCCUUACACAUUGAGGAUUGAAGGAACCUGGGAUACAGCCUAUGAUAAAAGAUCUGCAUCAAAUGCCUUCAUGAUCUGUGGAAUAUUAUAUGUGGUCAAAUCUGUUUAUGAAGAUGAUGACAAUGAAGCCACUGGAAAUAAGAUUGAUUACAUUUAUUUCACUGACCAAAAUACUGAUUCAUAUGUAGAUAUACCAUUUCCAAACUCUUAUCAAUACAUCUCUGCUGUGGAUUAUAAUCCUCGGGAUAAUUUGCUCUAUGUGUGGAACAAUUAUCAUGUUGUGAAAUAUUCCUUGGAUUUUGGAAUUUUGGACAGCAAAUCAGGUCAUAUUUCUUAUAAUGUUCCUUCAAAUCAUAUUGAUUCUAGUAUCGAAAGACCUGUAUCUAGAGAACUCCCUCCAUCAAGGCAAUAUAAUGGAGCCAGUACAACAGCUACUCCUACUACUAUGAUUACCGCAACAACACAAUGGACUACAACAUCUAGCACAGUAAAAACAACCGUCUUGAGCCGCAGGAACAUUUCCACAGUAUAUCCUAUGGUCGAAAUUCCUGUUGAGGUCACCACACGUUCCAUACCUGUUUCAUCACAAAUACCAGCUGUUGGUGCCGAGAGCUGUGAUGCUGUAGAAGCUCGUGAAAUCAUGUGGUUUAAGACUCGACAAGGGCAAACAGCAAAGCAGCCAUGUCCUUUAGGAACUGUGGGUGUGGCAACAUAUACUUGCACUUCUCCUGAAGGUGUAUGGAAUCCACAAGGACCUGACUUAAGCAACUGCUCAUCCCCAUGGAUCAGCAAUAUUGGGCAGAAGACAGGUCAACCAUGCCGACAAGGGGGGACCAGGGUGGACUUCCAGUGUCCUGCAAUAACCUGCCUGGCUGCAAAGAGGAAGAACCACAGGGGGGAUUUCUUCGCCUUUGAGAUCGGGGAAGACAGCAGUGUCAGGAGGGCCAGGGCAGGAGUGUUUCGUGUGGUCGUGGAGUGCGCCCUAUCAUAUAAGGCCAACACAGCGUCCCAAAACCUCUUAAUCAGAGGACAGGACCACCACAUAUAUGAAGACCUUAUCCCAGUCAGUGGGAGUGAGGGCGGAGUCUACAUCCUCGGUCCACGCGUUAGUGUAAGAGGAACUGUCGAUUCCAGCCAAGGAAGGAAGGAGCGUGGAGACCAGGUGGGAAGUGAAGGUUGUUUAGUAUGGGAGUCAAGGGGCUCGGUAAAGAAGAGAGUUGUGAAGGCGUGCGAGAGUGAUGCCAACACCUCAGUACAAAGUAAACAAGAAGGGGCCAUUCUGCGCUGCCACCCAUGUCCG